UCACUGCCUUGGGGAACGAAUGAGUUUUCAGUUUAGGAGAUCACCAUCGUCGUGACUAGAUUUAUUGCUGCAAACGAGAAACGAAGUGGCAUGUGGCUGCACCAUUAUACCUACGUAACAAAUACAAGGGAAAACAAAGAAGUCUUGAAGAUUUUCCCAAUGUUUAUAUGACUUUGACAGAUGACAAAGCUAAACUGACAAUAUAAAAUAUUGAGGUUAUAAAAAAAACUUGAUAUUGUUGUACAGCGUAAUUUUUUCUCCAAAUUUUGUGUGAUUUGGAAUAUAAAUGGGGGACGAGAAGCAAACGGACGAUACGCAAUCAGAUUUAUCGAUUGCGACGGAGAGUUUAAAACUUGAAGGCGAUCAAAAGGAGAACGGGGAUUCGACAAAAACCGACAAAGUCAAAAUUGACAUUCUGUUGAAAGCAACAGGAAAUGCCCCUAUUAUGAAGAAAAAGAAAUGGGCGGUAGAUGCGGAGAAACCAAUCGGUUGGAUUAUGGAGUUCGUUAAAAAGUAUCUCAAAUUAGAAGCUGAUGAAAAAUUGUUUCUCUAUGUGAACCAGACAUUUGCCCCGUCACCAGACCAGUUAGUAAAGAACCUAUAUGAGUGCUUUGGUACUGAUGGAAAGCUAGUAUUGCACUACUGUAAAAGCCAAGCAUGGGGAUGAGGAGUGCUUAUUGUGCUAUGAACUUCGUUAUGUAUAAGACUUAAUAUUGAUAUGAAUUGUUCAUAUAUUUUAAGUAACAUUUUAGGUAUAUUUUUGUGAGAAAUUCUUCAGUCCAUACUUUUAUCUGAUUGUUUCUGUGUGACUGACUUUAUUGCUAAAGAUAUAGGGUAACAACAUAAAAUAUUAUAUUAUGUCCUGCUGUUGAAUACUGAUAUCCUAAAAAGCAUACUUUAAAGCAUUAUCCGGAAGUGCACAGCACUUCCAGAAGCUACAAUUUCAGAAGUAAUAAAAUGCUAAAACAAAAUUACAGCCCUUACAAUUCCAAUUUAUUGCUUAUCUUGGAAACUCUUUCCAGCUCAUUUUACCAUGUAUGUCAGAGUAACAGGAUAUUGUUUAAAAAAAGGUAAUUAUUUCUUUAUUUUUUUGUUCAUAAUACAAAACAAAUUUAAAUGCAAUACAAAAAGCUUAAAGGAAAUGUAAGUCAAAUAUUAUUUUGCUUCACCAAUGUGCAUUGGAUAUGAAAAAAUUACACUGCUUCUUUUGCUGGCACAUUCCAUUAUUAGGUUUUUAUAUUCUGCAGUUUUCCGCCAUUCAGACCUAUAAAUUUUACUUAUCUAGUCUUUAUUUAUUAAGAUAGUUUUGUUAAAACGUUGUAUAUAACCACCUAGUCUAUAAAUGUUUUUAUAUUACUCUUAAGGGAUCACUGAAGUUUGUUAGCACCAUGGGAGAGACACCAGGAAAUUUUAAGAACAUUAAUUGGAUCUACGUUAAGUGCUUAUGUAUGUGCAUUUCUAAAUGUGAUAUUAUGUAACAUAAUAUGGAAUAUUUACAAUAUUUCAUAAUAAAUGUAAGAAAGACUAUGUAAUAAAGGUAAAUCAAUAAUUUUUAA